AAUCACGACACGGAGUUUAACCACCAUGAAAACAGGGUGACAAACACAGCCUAAGACAGUGUAUAAGGCACCAUGUGUGAUGUAAUGAUGUUAAUGACAUGAUUGCUAAACGCCCAACAGUAAGGUGUACAGAUAGAGAGGUGCUGUGCUCAGGUGUGUCUUUCUAUCUAGUGCUGUGUGUAUGUCGAGAUGAGUGCAUGGACACAGCGUGAUCCCAGCGAUUGAUGAUUACCCUGGAAGUGUGUGUGUGUGAUCAGUUCGUGUUGUUGGAGCUGGUGUCGAGACUCUGAACCCAUCAUGGAGUCGGGAAAGCAGCUGACAGGCACUCUAGCCCUAGCAGUGUUUUCAGCAGUCUUGGGUUCUCUACAGUUCGGAUACAGCUUGGGAGUCAUCAAUGCGCCACAGAAGGUGAUAGAGCAGCAUUAUGGGCAGUCCCUGGGGGUGCUCCCUGAGGAGCCUCUCCUCCUAUCAGAGAACGGUACUGAGACAGAGAAGCGGGAAGUGCAUCCCUCUGUGGUCAUGUAUUGGUCUCUGUCUGUGUCGAUCUUCUCCAUCGGGGGCGUGGUGUCGUCCUUCCUGGUGGGCUUCAUUGGAGACCUGAGAGGAAGGGUGAAGGGCAUGUUGAUGGUGAAUGUGUUAGCAGUAAUAGCAGGACUACUGAUGGUGAUGGCUAAGAUGUGGAAACCUCACGUCAUGGUCAUCGCUGGACGAUGUGUCAUGGGAUUCUACUGUGGUCUGUCCUCAGGGUUAGUUCCUAUGUAUAUAGGGGAGAUAGCUCCCAUGGCCUACAGAGGAGCUCUGGGAACCUUACAUCAACUGGCUACUGUUACUGGUAUACUACUGAGUCAGGUGCUAGGUCUAGAGUUCCUCCUGGGUAAUGACUACUACUGGCCACUGCUGCUGGGUCUGUCUGGAGCUCCUGCUGUGUUACAGUCUCUACUGCUGCCACUGUGUCCUGAAAGUCCCAGAUACCUCUACAUCAAGAGAGACAUGGUGGAGGAGGCCAAGAAGAGUCUGCGUCGUCUGAAGGGAGAGUAUGACCCAUCAGCUGACCUGGAGGAGAUGAGGAGGGAGAAGGAGGAGGUAGAGAAGGAGGCGCAAGUCUCUAUCGCUGUACUGGUGCGGUCAUCUCUCUACAGGCAGCAGCUGUUUGUAGCCUUGAUGAUGCAUCUCUCACAACAACUGUCUGGAAUUAACGCUAUCUUUUAUUACUCAACAGCCAUCUUUGAGAGAGCAGGAGUCACUCAGCCUGUCUAUGCAACCAUUGGAGUAGGAGUUAUCAAUACCGUCUUUACUAUGGUGUCGGUGGCUCUAGUGGACAGGGCCGGCAGACGAACAUUGACUCUGAUUGGUUUAGGUGGGAUGUGUAUCUGUGCCGUCGCCAUGACAGUCGGCCUUGUGUACCUGAGUGUCUACUCCUGGAUGUCCUAUGUCAGCAUGUCGGCCAUCUUCCUGUUUGUGUGUUUCUUUGAGAUCGGCCCUGGUCCCAUCCCCUGGUUCAUCGUGGCUGAGUUAUUCAGUCAGGGCCCCAGGCCUGCUGCUAUAGCUCUGGCUGGCUGCACCAACUGGACCAGCAACUUCAUCAUAGGCAUGACCUUCCCUUACAUAGAGGCUCUGUGUGGUAGCUAUGUGUUCAUCCUGUUUGCGGUGCUGUUGUUUGGCUUCACUGUGUUCACUUACCUGCGUGUGCCGGAGACCAAAGGGAAGACAUUUGAGGAGAUAGCAGCUGUGUUUAAAAAGGGAAGAAACCAGACACCAGGAACCAGAAAGACUGGAAUUGGAACUGGUACUGGUACUGGUACCUCCACCGAGCUGGAGCAGCUCAAAUCAGACUCCCAUGCCUGACAUGCUCACUAGUCCAGGGGGAUCCAACCCUGGAGAGUUACAGGGUGUGCAAGCUUUAGUUCCAGCCCUGCACUAACAUGUCUGAUUAGCUUAAUCUGGUGUGUUACUGCAGGGCUGGGAUAAUUAGCAUUGUGACAGAAUGUAAGUGAUGAUAGUCCUGAAUCCUGAUCGCCAUCUAGAUAUUCGUUUACUUCCAGGAACAACUCCUGACAUGACUAACUUUACAUAACUCAUACACAGGGCCCAGACUGUUUCCUGCUCAGUAUAAAACAGCCUGAAAAACUCCUGACAUGACUAACUUUACAUAACUCAUACACAGAGCCCAGACUGUUUCCUGCUCAGGAUAAAACAGCCAGAAAAACUCCUGACAUGACUAACUUUACAUAACUCAUACACAGAGCCCAGACUGUUUCCUGCUCAGGAUAAAACAGCCAGAAAAACUCCUGACAUGACUAACUUUACAUAACUCAUACACAGAGCCCAGACUGUUUCCUGCUCAGGAUAAAACCGCCAGAAAAACUCCUGUCUCUACUGUAUCAUUCAUGCACAGUACAAUAGCGAGAAAGACAGCAGGUGGUUUUGUUUCUAGAGGUUACAUUAUUCUGUUCUACCAUGUUCAAUGUGUAACUGACUGAAUGUAUUCACACAAGUUGAAUGUCAACAAAUGGGACUUUAGGAUUACUAUUAAUAAAUUACUACAAAGACAA